AUGGACCAUGGCGCGUGCAAUGUAGUUUACAUUGACCGCAGGGCAAACGACGAGCAUGUGCGCAAGGAGACGCUGUCCAAAUCCCUCGUUGCGAGAACCAGCACCGGCAAUGUAGGCCAGAGUUAUUUUGCCCUAGGCAAGACGUCACCGCGCGAAGUCCACGACAACGUCGAGGCCAUUCUCUCCAUAUCCAAUGAAGGCAUGCUACCUACCAACCUCCCCAUGGUCAAGACUAACCCGCGCCCCAACAUUCCCUACGACGAAGAGCAGCGCAUGAAACGCCUGUCCCGCGAACCGCGCACUCCCUCGCCCACGUCGUCGCGCCUCAAUCGCAUCGAUUACAACGAACCCGACGACAUCUACGCAAUGCACCUCCUUACUCACAUUUCGUCUGAGAUAUCCUCACGCAACUUCUCAAAGCUCGUCGUGCCUGUAGUCAUGCUAUCUGGCUUGACCCACGACGAGCCAUCUUCGUCUGGUCCACUCCCUUCGCCUGGUCUUCAAUUAUCCUUCUCGCUCGGUGACUCGGUCCGGUUAAAUCGUUAUCUGGAUGCGGGCGCCGUCGACGUUUUGACAAGUCCAAUGUCUCGCGAUCGCAUGCUUGGACUGGCCGUGCACGCCUAUCGGUUACAAAAGGACUUUAGUCGGGAAGAGGCCAGUUUCCUGACUACUAAGCGCAAUCGGAAGCUAUCAUGGGUCGGUGUUGACGAUACAAAACCGUAUGCCUAUCUACGCGAAGCCAUGGUAUCCAAUCUCAUGACUGGUAUCUGCAACCCAGAGACUGUUGGAGACUCGCUCGAAUCCACUGACUUUCAUCUUGACCAGGACCACGAGAUGAUCAUCUUCCUCUUAGCCAGUAGGACCGCAUACAACGAGUUUGUCAAGUACCACAACUUCCGCCAUGUCGUCGAUGUUCUCCAGGCCCUCUUCCACUUCCUCGUACGAAUCGGAACGCUGCCUCCGUACCCAUCCGACUCGUCCAGCACCUACACCACACCCGCACCGAAAUCGCCAAUUGCUGGCCUUCUCAAGCCCUUCGAUGCGCUUACGCUUCUCAUAUCUGCUAUUGGACACGAUGUUGGCCACCCGGGAGUCAACAAUGCUUUUCUGGUCGCGUUGAACGCUCCAUUGGCACAACUGUACAACGAUCGCUCCGUUCUAGAGUCCUUCCAUUGCGCUGCCUACUCACAGAUUCUGCGCCGGUACUGGCCGAGAGCGUUUGCCGAUAUACCGAUGCGGAAACUCAUGAUCAACAACAUUCUUGCGACGGACAUGGGCCUCCACUUCAAAUACAUGAGCGAUCUAGGCAACCUACAACAAAAGGUUGCGCAUGAUAAAGGCGCGGUGGAUACGUGGAACUCAAAGGUGCAGGAGGAACAGAAGGAUCUGACGUGUGGUCUUCUUAUCAAGUGCGCAGACAUUUGCAAUGUGGCGCGGAAAUUUGAAACUGCUGCCAAAUGGGCCAACAUCCUCACGGACGAGUUUAGCAAUCAAGGUUUAAUGGAGCAAGAGCUGGAAAUGCCCUCGUGUCUAUUCGGUGGUCCGCCUGUCCGGGAGGACAUCAUCAAGCUUGGGGAAUCCCAGAUUGGCUUCAUGAACAUAUUCGCCAGACCUCUGUUUGAAGCUGUUGCGGAUAUAUUGCCUGCAAUGCGAUUUGCCGUGGAUGAGAUGCUCAUUAACAAAGAUAUCUGGGAAAAGAAGAUACACGAUGAACGGCACCGGAAGAGGAAGCCCAAGAAUAUGACUCUCGGGUUGACGACACCGGGCUUUAGUAUUGACCCAACUCCAAGCCCGCUAUCUGGAGGCUCAGUCCGGCCGCCCGUGAGAAUACCUUUGAGUGCAAUCAAGACCAUCUCACCCGACGAGGCAGCUCGCCGAGGUUCGACUGGCUCGAUACGUACCACGUCAUUUGAUUCAAGGAGAUCAUCCUCCAUCAUUGACAAAAGCUCAAGGCGAUCUUCCACGACCGCUACUCCUGCCCAAAGAGCUGUGGGCUCCAGCGAAAACGCCGCCUCGUCAAGACGAGGCAGUAGAGAUCCUAGUUUGACCGCGAUAUUGGUUACCCAAACUCAAAAUGCAGACGCGCAAAAAGGACCGACAAAGGGCCCGGAGGAGCGCUCGCAAGGAGAUCGCAAAGAUACCUUGACAAGAUCGUCCUCUCCAAAGAAAGAAAGGGACAAUGCGAGACCUGUUACGGCUCCAGCCCAUGCCAGGCGUAAUCAAAGUGAGUGA